AUGGCUCCCAGACAAUCCAAGACCGCUAAGAGGUCGAAGUCGCAGAAUAAAACUAGAACUGUGGAAUCGGAAGUAUUCAGUGAUUCCAAAGCUAGAAACUUACUUGAGAGCCAACCCAAAUUAACACCAAAAUCAACUGUCAAGAAGAUAUCCAAGAAAGUACAAAGAAAAAUAGCCCUUUAUGGUGCAAAGAACGGAAAGGAGUAUCGAGAAGAUCAGUUAGAUAUACCAAUUUUAAACAAAGCAGUAACACCAGGCGUCAAAGCCAAAAGAGGAAAGAAAGGUAAGAAGUUUGUAUCUGAUAGUGAUGUAUUGACCAUGACAAGAUUAGUCAAGUCUAUUAACGAUAAGUUCGAUACUAUAAAUGAAUCCAAGUUGGAAAAAGCCAAACGCCUAGAAGAAAUACGGGAAUUAAAAAGAAAGGAAUUGGAUAGAAAGGAACAAGAGAAGAAGAACAAGUUAGAAGGUAAAAAGGAAGAGAUCAAGAACAAAGCCUCUGCCGCAAGGUUAGCCAGAAGAAAGAAUGCUAAGGCUGCUAGAAAAGCUGACGAUCAAGACGAGUCUAAUCAACCAGACAGAAAGAAGAAGAAGAAGUCUGUUUCUUUUGCAUAA